AUGGACAUCGGGCCAUACGAGUUGAUUCGGGAUAUAGGCAGCGGCAACUUCGGUGUGGCCAAGCUGUGUCGGGCCAAGGACAGCGGCGAGCUGGUGGCCGUCAAAUUCAUUGAGCGGGGAGAGAAGAUAGACAAGAAUGUAGAGCGAGAAAUCAUCAACCACCGCAUGCUGUCGGGCCACCCCAACAUCGUGCGGUUCCGGGAGGUGUUUCUGACCAGCACCCACCUGGGCAUAGCCAUGGAGUAUGCCAGCGGCGGCGAGCUCUUUGACCGCAUCGUCAAGGCCAACCGCUUCAGCGAGGACGAGGCGCGCUACUUCUUCCAGCAGCUCAUUUCGGGGGUGGCCUGGUGCCACAGAGAGGGCGUGUGCCACCGGGACCUGAAGCUGGAGAACACGCUGCUGGACGGGCGGCCCGCGCCGCGGCUCAAAAUCUGCGACUUUGGGUACAGCAAGUCGGCGGUGUUUGACUCGCAGCCCAAGUCGACAGUGCUGUCCCGCAAGCAGUACGACGGCGAGAUUGCGGAUGUGUGGUCCUGCGGCGUGACGCUGUACGUGAUGCUGGUGGGGGCCUACCCCUUUGAGGACCCAGCUGACCCGCGCAACUUCCGCAAAACCAUCCAGCGCAUCAUGAGCGUCAAGUACUCCUUCCCCGCCAACCUGCACCUGUCGCGCGAGUGCCUGGACCUCAUCUCCCGCAUCUUUGACGGCGGCAUUGCCAUGAAGGAGGCCACCCCCAUGCCCGAGCAGACGGUGGACGACAUCCGCGCCAUCGUGAACAGCGCGCGCACCAAGGCGCAGGCGCCGCAGCCCGUGGUGCGGGACUUCAACGAGGAGGACUACAUGGAUGGAGACCUGAUGGAUGAGGAGCUGGUGGAGUGA